CCGGUCCUAUAAAAAGUCUCUUCGGUGCAAAUCUGACUUCUUCUUCUUCCCUACUACCAGUAAAUCAAUCAGGCUACUACAGACACUCGUCUAAAUAAUGUCCACCGGCGAAAGAAUCGCCAACAAAGUCGCGGGUAUCGCCCCUCCCCUCCCUGUCUUCUCUCCGGCAAUCAUCUCCAACGGAUUCGUCUACACUUCGGGGCAAAUUGGUGCAGGCCCUGAUGGCGAGCUCGUCAAGGGACCUAUCACCAACCGUGUCAACCAAAUUAUGGACAACCUCGAUGCCGUUCUUAAAGCGCACGGAACAAGUUUGGAACAUACCGUCAAAUUCACCAUCUUUAUCACAUCGUAUGAGACAUUCGCCGAGCUUAACGAAGCCUACUCCAAACGUAUCCCUAGCCCUGCCCCUGCUCGAAGUUGUAUCGGUGUCGCGUCUUUACCAAAGGGUACGGAUGUUGAGAUUGAAUGUGUUGCCGUUUUGCCAAAUAAGGCGAAGCUCUAGAGCUCUUAAUACUUGAAAGUAUUUACAAAGAUUGUAAAUGAAACUCCCUCGAUUAUGCAUUACA